CAUCAACCUGCUGCCGUCAGACCGCGAGGAGCACGCUGCUUUGUUUACAUCCGCUGCGCAUGCGCAGAGCUCCGUCACAGAGUUCAGGAUUGGAUGCAGCUGAGCAGCUCUCAGUCUGGAUCCAGGUCCUGGAAGGUCCUGCAUCAGGUCCGAUGGUGCUUCACUCAUGGACGAGUGUGCGUUGGAACGUUACUUUGAUGACUCCAUUGCAAAUGACUCCGGCUUUAUUUUGGGGGAGGAGCUGGACCUCCAGAGCCCCACCCCCUCAGUACAUGGCCCCGCCCCCUCUCACCUGCCUACGAAGGCGGGGCCGGGUGGACAGAUGGGGGAGGAGUUUGACCUCAGCUUCCUGCCUGAUGAACUCAGCACGCAGGACGAGCCGAGUCGUCACGGCAACACAGCUGACAGUCAGACUGUGGCUCUGGACGUGUCUCAGGACAGCGGCGUCUGUCUGGACUACAACUCCCAGAAUUCCACAGCAGCAGCAGCUGACCCCCAGCAGGGGUCGUCCAUGACGGGGACCGGUGUCUCCUCCUUCUGUCCCAUGACCCCUAUGACCCCUAUGACCCCCAUGACCCCGGUGACUGAGAGGUCAGGAAUCAUCCCCCAGUUACAGAACAUCGUCUCCACAGUGAACCUGGGUUGUCCUCUGGACCUGAAGUUUAUCGCCCUCCAGGCCAGAAAUGCAGAGUACAACCCAAAGCGUUUUGCGGCCGUCAUCAUGAGGAUCAGAGAACCAAGAACCACUGCGCUGAUCUUCAGCUCCGGGAAGAUGGUCUGUACGGGAGCCAAGAGUGAGGAGCAGUCCCGACUGGCAGCCAGGAAGUACGCUCGGGUGGUGCAGAAACUGGGGUUUCCCGCCCGCUUCAUGGACUUUAAGAUCCAGAACAUGGUGGCCAGCUGUGACGUCUGCUUCCCCAUCAGACUGGAGGGACUGGUGCUGACCCACCAGCAGUUCAGCAGUUAUGAGCCGGAGCUGUUCCCGGGCCUCAUCUACCGGAUGGUGAAGCCGCGCAUCGUGCUGCUCAUCUUCGUGUCGGGGAAAGUCGUUCUGACCGUCCACACCGAUGGCCUUCGGGAGCAACUUGGGGUUAAGUGUCUUGCCCAAGGACACAUCGACUGCCGAAGCCAGGUAUCGAACCACCGACCCUCUGAAUGGAGAACUACCUUGCUCUCCACUACGCCACAGCCGCAACGUAAUCAGUGGAAGUAGUUAUGAGACAAAGACGUGUGAAUCUUCUAUUUAAUGCAGCUCUCAUAAUAAUUAUGAGGUAUUGUUUUUACUCAUGAGGAGUCAGUUUGUCUCCAUACU